UCAGCGGGAAUGUGCGACGUGGUGCAUCGCAGGUGUGAAAAAUGACCCAAGAACACGUCUUGACGCUUAGAAACCUCCUUAUUUUCGUCCCGGCGUAACUAUGCAUCACUGAACCAGUCAGUUUUCCCUCAAAUUUCUUUUAGUUUUUGACAUUAUCGUUUGAUCUGUGAUAGUGUUGUUAUUGUGAUGUGUAGUGUUAGUUGAUUCUUCCAACAUGUUCCACGGCAAAUUGCGGAUACACACCUGCCGGGUGAUCCUGCUGACGUCUCUGGUCUGGUUCUUGGUGGACGUCGUCAUCCUUUCGUUCUACUCCGAGUGCUUGGGGAGCUCGUGCAAGAAGCAGCCCCAGAGCGCGGAGCUCAAUUACUACGACGAUUACGAGGCCAAGGAUAAGAUCGAGGGGGUCAGCCACAGCAAUGGGGUCCAAGCGACGUAUAAACAGACGGAUUUGAGGCGGUGGCGGCCGGCGCCGACCGUCCUUCCGGCACAUGGGCUUCCAGGGGAGAUGGGCAAAGCGGUGCAUAUUCCCCCAGAGCAGGAGGGACUCAUGAAGGAGAAGUUUAAACUUAACCAGUUUAAUCUUCUGGCGAGCGACAUGAUCUCGCUGAAUCGGUCGUUGGCCGAUGUCAGGCUUGAAGGAUGUAAGGAUAAGAAAUACCCGAAACUGCUUCCGACGACUUCGAUCGUCAUUGUUUUCCAUAAUGAAGCAUGGUCGACUUUAUUGAGGACCGUUUGGAGUGUUAUCAAUCGGUCUCCACGGCCCUUACUCAAGGAAAUUAUUCUAGUGGAUGAUGCCAGCGAGAGAGAGCAUUUAGGUCGAAAACUCGAAGAAUACGUCCAGACUCUUCCCGUUCCCGUGAUCGUUUUGCGCACACAUAAACGUUCAGGAUUGAUCAGAGCCCGACUUUUAGGGGCGAAACACGUCAAAGGUCAAGUGAUCACUUUUUUGGACGCUCAUUGUGAAUGCACGGAAGGAUGGCUUGAGCCGCUUCUUGCACGCAUCGUCCAAGAUAGAAAAACCGUCGUUUGUCCGAUAAUCGACGUCAUUUCGGACGAGACUUUCGAAUAUAUCACGGCCUCGGACAUGACCUGGGGCGGCUUUAAUUGGAAACUGAAUUUUAGAUGGUAUCGAGUGCCGCAACGGGAGAUGGAACGCCGCAACAAUGACCGCACAGCCCCCUUGCGCACCCCCACGAUGGCCGGGGGGCUCUUCUCCAUCGACAAGGAGUAUUUCUACGAGCUGGGUUCGUACGACGAAGGUAUGGACAUCUGGGGCGGCGAGAAUCUCGAAAUGAGUUUCAGGAUAUGGAUGUGCGGAGGCACCUUGGAGAUAGCCACGUGUUCCCACGUCGGACACGUGUUUCGCAAAUCAACACCUUACUCGUUUCCGGGUGGAACGAGCCGAAUUGUCAACCACAACAAUGCACGUCUUGCUGAAGUUUGGCUCGACCAAUGGAAGGAUUUCUACUAUAACAUUAACCCAGGUGCGCGAAGUGUGCCGGUUGGAGACGUUUCCGCAAGGAGAGAGCUCAGAGAAAGACUGAAAUGCAAGAGCUUCCGGUGGUACUUGGAAAACGUGUAUCCAGAAUCGCAGAUGCCUUUGGAAUAUUAUUACCUCGGAGAUAUCCGCAAUGUCGAAACGAAGAACUGCCUGGACACGAUGGGCCGAAAAUCGGGCGAGAAUUUGGGCAUGACGUACUGCCACAAUUUGGGCGGUAAUCAAGUUUUCGCCUACACCAAGCGCCAGCAGAUCAUGUCGGACGACAACUGCUUGGACGCUAGUAAUAAAAAGGGGCCCGUCAAGUUGGUACGGUGUCACGGAAUGGGUGGAAACCAGGCGUGGGCCUACGACGAAGUGGAUAAGACCAUCAAACAUGUAAAUACGGGCAGUUGCCUGCAACGGCCUGACCCUAGUGAUAUGAAUCUUCCGUUGUUGAGGCCGUGCAAUUACAGUCCGGGUCAGCAGUGGAUAAUGGAGAGUGAUUUUAAAUGGCAGGCUCGGAAUCACCACGAGGACAGAUAGGCCUGAAAUAAAAGUGUUGGCAACGUUAUUCCUGAAGACUAGUCAAGUCAUGUUGCAUUUAAUUGAGUGAAAAUGAAAAUGAUUAUUUUUGUAUGUUUUAUUGUGUCAGUAUUUAUCAAUUCGACAUUCCAAAAGUUUGAAACUCAAGGCUAACGUUGCCAACUUCAUUGUGAUCGUUACACGAUCGUAACUCUUCCUAAUUUUUAAGACUUUGAGAAUCUAAAAACGCAUAUUAUACAUCUGAACAAGUUGUUAUAACUGCCAUUUGUACAUAGAGCUAAAACGUAGGGUGGAGAGCCCUUAAUGAGUCGAUAUCUAUCACAAAUUAGGUUAGGUUUGUAAGAGGUGGACGAUUUUGUUUUACAGGUCUAACAGGGUUGAUUUGUACAACGAAUGAAUUGAAUAAAUACGACUUCCUUCUCUCGUAGUCUAGCUGAUGGAAUCAAAUAGCAUAUCAGAAUGUAUAAAAUAUCAGUUGUUUUUUAGUUGUGGAGUGAAUUUUAUAGUGAUUGCCAUGACUCAUGUUUAUUGUACAUCGAUUGUUAAUUUAUUUCAUAAUUUUAAGAGAACUUGUAAUUAGUAGCAGCUAAUUCGCUCACGUUGUUAAUUAUUUUAGGCGACUCAUACUUAAAGUGUACAAUAAGUUUUAGGGAUUAAGUUUGCCUCGUAUACAUAUCCCACAAUCAACUAAAUCCUAUUUCUUUAAUGAUCAAAUUGUUGAUACAUACAACCAAAAUUUUAUAGGCGUAGGUGGUGGUGCAAUCCAUAGCUUGUAUUACUCAAAAAUUUAUUAAUAAAUUAUCUAAAAAAGAGAGAA